CUGGCAGCGGGUGUUUCUUUGUUGGACCUCCGAACUCCAUUCUCACUUUUCCAUUGUUGUGCUACAUUUUACGCUGUUGCCUACCACCAGAUUUGAAAACAUCUGGCACCAUGAUGACUGAACUUAUCUGUGUUGGCAGCAACGAUGGGCAAGGGCUGAACGAAAGCGUGGGUAUCUUGAAGACAGCUAACGCACGUAAAGAUGGACUGGAAGCUACAUCCAUCAACAUGUUGUCAAAGGUGGAUGAUCAGAGUGUCGUGACCGCUCCUACCGUGGUCUCAUCGUAUGAUGAUGACUACGAGGACGGAUGUGAUACCAGUGAAACCGACAGUUGCUGCUUCCAUGUCUCUUCCGACUCUAGUUGCUCAGUGGGCUUUCAUUGCGUCUCGUUCGACUUGGUUCCUCAAAUUCGCGAGGUUCCCAACCGAUUCUCAUAUACCGGAGACGAAAUGGAGGCAACCUGGUACGGCCGAAGGGAGAAAGAUGUCAUGCGGGAAGCUGCCUUUGGGAUUGCAGAAUCACUGGACUACUACUACUUUCUAAAUGAAUUUGGACAACCGGUAUCCACCAAGUUUCGGGGACUCGAGUCGUACACUGUGGAAGGAUCCAAGCAACGCAAAUUGAACCGAGUAAAGAACUUGGUGUCUGUGUUACGAGAACAACGACGACAAAGGUCUUGUGGAGAGGUUGUUACCAACGGACCCGUGCUGCUGGAAGCUGCUUGCCGCUCUGUGUCUUCCCAAUGCGAAAAACAAGCCUACGUGCAAGGGAUUAUGGACGAAAAGGAUGCACUGGGAACGGAUAGAAAGCCCGAAGCGAACGACGAGAGUCCCAGUGUGCUGUUGCAUUUCACCAAGCUCUUGAGGGAUUUGGGGCAAUCGAGUGAGCACAGCUAACUAUUGGAGCUUGCUGGGUGGGGGUCUUCGUUCCUUGAUGCUUCCAUACACAUAAAGCAUAGCUGCUACUUAGCUUGUUCUUGUUGUCG